AUGUUUGUACUCAACGACGUACAUCUUCUGGAAGAAAAAUCCAACACUUAUCCACUGCUUCUCAAAUGUAAAUCUCUAGCAAAAGUCAUCAAAGCCAAGAGAAACCCCCCUUGGCCAACAAUCCCAACUAGAGAGCUGCCGGAAAGGCAGGUUUGCGACAAGCUCAUCGACUGCUAUUUGAAGACGACGGAGAAUACCCACCGAAUUCUACACUUACCAUCCUUUAAGAAUGACUACGAGGAACUAUGGGAGCCCGGGUCUUUUCCCGACAUAGCAUUUGUCGUUCAUCUCAAGCUAGUGUUGGCUCUUGGCGCAGUCUGCUACGAUGAAGAGUUCUCCUUGCGUUCUUCAGCCAUACACUGGGUAUACGAAGCGCAAACAUGGAUAUCAGAGCCCGAGUUCAAGGCGCGAUUAGGCAUUCAAUUCAUACAGACUCACAUACUGCAUCUCCUGGCUCGAGAAGCCGUUGGCGUCGCCGGCGAUUCAGUCUGGGUGUCUGCAGGCGAGUUGGUGCGGAGAGCUAUGCACAUGGGCCUGCAUCGAGAUCCGCACCACCUGCCAAAACGAUCUCUCUAUGCCACGCAGAUGCACAGGCGGUUGUGGAAUACAAUUCUCGAGAUACUCUUGAAAAUGAGCCUGUCGUCGGGCGGCCCGCCGCUCAUCUCGCCCGACGACUUUGACACGGAGCCCCCCGGUAACUUUGACGACGACCAGCUCAUGACGGAGAGCUCAGUCCAGAAACCCGAGAGCGAGUACACUAGCAUGUCAAUCGCGCUGGCCCUUCGGAAAACUCUUCUCGCUCGUCUUGCGGUGACGAGCUUCUUAAACGACCUCACUUCGUGCGGGACGUAUGAGAGAACGCUGGAGCUCGACGCCGAAUUACGAUCGGCCUAUAAGAUUCUGGUCCACACUCUCCGUGGAUUCAAAACCCGACAAGCAACUGGCGAGGCAGCGUUUGGCCCUUCUGAUCUUGACCUGCGAUUCGUCGACUUCCUCAUGCAGCGACACAUAUCCGCUCUCCACACGCCAUACUUCAUCCCCGCCCUCCGGCAGACAAAAUACGCCAUAUCGCGCAAGCUCGCCAUCGAAGCCGCCGUCAAGAUCUGGGCCGCAGCCUUCCCUUCCUCAGCCAUAAUGUCUCAUCGCCACAGUCAGGGCUCCUCUCCCUCAUCCCCUCUCUCUUCCGGUCUCGGCAACGAAGACCUCCUCACACGCCUUUCCUACAGCGGCCCAGGCUUCUACCGCAUCGCCUCCAUGCAGGCCAGCCUGCUCAUCACCGCCGAGCUCGACACCCAGCUCCGCGAAGAGCAAGGCCUCGUGCCAGGGCCUCUUCGUUCAGACCUGUUCUCCGUCAUCCGAGAGUCCCAGGACUGCAGCCUGCGCUGCAUCAAGAGCGGCGAGACCAACGUCAAGGGCUACCUGGUCUCCUGCGUCAUCACCUCCCACAUGGAAGCCCUCAUGCGCGGUGUCGAUCCGUCUGAGAUUCCACCCUUGUUCCGAAAGGCUUCUGAAGAGGGAAUGGAGCUUUGUGUGCGAAUCUUGGAGGAGCGGGCUGGGCAGAGCCAGGAUGUGGGAGCUGUGGAUGUGGACGAGGACAUGGGUAUUGGUAUGCGGCAGCAGAGCCCGGAUUGGGAUUUCUUGAUUUCGGACGCCAUGUUUGCGUACAACACCGGCCUGAACGAGCCCAUGAACUGGUUUCUGAGCGAGGGCACUCGCUGA